AUGACCGACCCCCCCGACGAAGGCUUUCGUUCCGUCUCUGGCCUUCCCGAGACCGCAGACCCGGCGCCGGCAGCUGAAGACAGCCCGUCGCCUGCUGCUGCUGCUGCGAACACGCCCGGUGCAACCGCCGCCACAACAAACCCAAUCACCAACGCCCACACCUCGCUGCGCUCCUCCAGUGGCGCCCGCCCGCGGUCCACGGCUCCGCGCUCGCAGACCACCUCGCCCCUGUCCUCGCGCGACCCCUCGCCCACGCGCUCGUCGCAGCACCCCCGCCAGACGCCCGCCAUGGCUGGCCCAGCCCGCCGCGUCCAGCGGUCGAGGAAGAACAGCAACCAGGACGCCAGUCCGAACCGCCCUGCCGCCCUCACCAGCCAGCCCACCACCGCUCCCUCUGCCGCUGCCAUCCAGCGUGCCCUUGCGUCUGCCAACACGCCCCAGCUCCAGCCCGCUCCGGCAGACUCGACCCGUGGCCCGAGACCGCAUAAGUCCAACACCCCCAGCGACACCAACCCCCACUGGCCCGUCUCGCCGCGCAUCAAGUCACCUCCCCCCUCUGCCAACCGCUCUCGCCGCAAUUCACUCCGCUCCCAGCAACAGCAGCAGCAGCAACAGCAGCAGCAGCAGCAACAGCAACAGCAACAGCAACAGCCGCCGCCGCCGCCUCAGCUCUCCCGGCCCCCAAGGCCAGACCCGCCCCAAUCGACCCAGUCCGCCCCGAAUAUCAUCGUUGAGCGCACCGCAACGCCGCCCGGUCCUUCAGGAAAGCAGAAGAAUGACCCGCUGCCUAGCGAUUCGGAAGACCAAGACAGCAGCAAUAUGGCCCGGAAAGGUUCCGUGAGGGCCGUGAGUGGCGCUCCUCCAGCGCUGGAGACCGUACAGGAGGCUAGCCUCCCGACAUCACCCGGAUUCGACGUUUUCCAAGCACGCAGUAACAACCCCGCCAAAUCGUCCAGUGACGAUACCGUUGUCGCUAACUCAACAGAAUCGGCGAAAGAAAACUCGAAGGCUCGGGAAAGUGGAAGCGAAAGCGGGGGUAACAACAAAUCCGAAGAACGCGGCCGACGAACAGAACAGAAGAGACUCAGCAGCGCCAGACCCUCUGCAACGUCGAGGAAUUCCUUCACCGGACUCGUUCCUGGAAAGUCUAGGUCCGUUACGGAACCGUCGAAGAACAUGACUGUCGAGACCGAAACUGUCCGCUCAGUUCCUCAAGGGGUGAUGGGCCAGCCACAAGUUGGCCCUACACCAGGACGGGGAGAGCCCAGCAGCAGCCUCCGUCUAAAGCCAAGUAACGAGACUAUUCGCCCGAGGAGGGAGAAGAGGAGGACAGUACGGAAAGCGCCGUCAAUCACUUCCGGCACGGGUAGGUAUCCACCACAGCUAGUCCGCAAUCCAUUCAGCCACCACCAUGUUCCCGUCACCGAUCUCGUCAGCCCUGUCGUCAGACCAGAUCUACAGGUCCGAUCGAACACCAUCACAGCCCUCACCUCGCCAGAUUCCAACGUCCAGUCUUUCCGCACCCCGGGUUACCCAAGCCCUGGCGACUUUUCACAGUUCACCCAACCCCCUUCGCCGGCUGUCAGCAAGCAAAUCAACUCGAAAUAUACUAACGGCUCUCCACGUAAAGCGUCUUCCAAAGCAGAUAUAUUCGAAGCGAAGGUAGCCAGUGCCGUUGAUGAAGCGAACUCAUCCGAUUCCGACGAGACGUUUGUUUACGAGUCAAACCCGCCCGACACGCAACCCCGAGCGAGCCGACACCACUCUCGUACGCCGAGUGCAACUUCGAUGGCGAGUAUGGUGGACCACCCUCGCCUGGGUGGCGGCCUUCGCUCGAUCAACAACGUCCUCGAGGGGCAUCGCAGUGUUGCAGGCAAGAGAAGUAUGAAGUUUGCUAACAACCCCUACGGCAAUCCAAGCCUCGAUGAAGAUCUGACCGAGCGCUUUGACGGUUCGAUUCGAGGCAAUCAUUCCCGGCCGAGUGGAAGCCAUAGCAACUAUCACCAUCAUAUAGGCCGGUACGGGCGUAAUGCCGCUGUUAAUUCUCUGUUCGAGGACGGGCCGGCGCCUCCGGGCUCCAAAGCGAGGAGUGUGUCCGGUUACGGUUCUCGGCAUGGAUCUGCCCCCAGCAGCCCGAAGUUUCCCCAUUACAGCUCUCGCACAAGCAAUCCUUCGAGCAGGAAGAUGGGAGAAUUGUCGGCAUACGAUAUGGACGGCGAAGGGGCAGACGACGAAAGAACGCCACUUAUGGGAACCGCGCGGAGCCGAAGAGCUCCGGCACGGGGGCCACGGCCGACGAGCGCAAGUCUGCAGUACCACGAUCACUACGAGCGGCGCAGACGGGGUUGUCUUCGAAGAUUUGCAGGCUGUUUUGUGCUGACCAUCAUGGUUCUCCUGCUUGCCUUUGGGGCGGUAGGCUUCCUGUUCGCCACGACAAAGCCGCUGUACCAGGUCGAGGUUGUUGAGAUACAGAAUGUUCUUGCCAGCGAGCAGGAGAUCAUGUUGGACCUGCUAGUCGAAGCCAUCAACCCGAAUAUCGUCGCCGUUUCCAUUGGAGAGAUGGACGUCAACAUUUUCGCCAAGAGCAAGCACGUCGGCUCCGAAGCAUUCUGGCGGGAUCAGCCGCAGAGUGAGGUUCUUGGCCCCGUCAUUGAGAGACGCUCUCGCGAGCUAGGACGACGACGCCCCCGGCCUUCGUCGCAUGACGACGCCGAGCCGUUGGUCCAUUCCUGGGACGACGACCCGCACGAUCCGGUUGAAGAUCCCGAGGGCGAUUCGCAGACGAUGCUCCUGGGGCGCAUAUUCCACUUUGACUCGCCACUCAACUUCGAUGGCGACCCUCUCAAGCGCCGCCCUCACUACUCAAUCGGCGAGCUCCGUCUGCAGAAGCCAGGGAACAAAACCGAGGCUGGUGGCACAGAACGAUGGGAGCGCGUCAUUCAGUAUCCGUUCGAGCUGAUCGUGCGCGGUAUUCUGAGAUACCAGCUGCCGCUCAGCAGCAGCACCCACACCGCGCCGAUCGGAAAAAGUGUUCUUGUGAAUCCGGAGAAAGGCAUCAACGCGGAAGGCGCCAUGUGGAUAGAGCAAAUCGGGAGAAGUCUUGCCCGCGACGCUGGCGAGGAAGACGAGUAG